GAACGAAUAAAAUACAAAAAUGCUUUAGUUGCGAAAGCCGCCAUGACACUUCAUGAGAUGAUGCAACUUAAUUGUAAAUUUAUUCGGAUUUAAUUUUUUUAAAAAAUAUAAAAUAUUAUAUUUAAGAUUUGUUCAAUACGAACGUGCUACAAUAAAUUAUUAAUUAUCAUAUUAAUUACAAAUAUGAAAAGUCUUAUAAUAACUUGUGACGGUUCUUGGUAAUACCCUUUAAAUAUAUUGUAGAAAAAUACAAUCUGCAAUCCAAUACUAAGUAGUAUCAAUAAAAGGACUAAUAUCCAGCUUCUGCUAUCAUGUGGACUCCUUAAUACACUUAAGAGAAUUUCAUAAGCUUGUAAUCACCAUAUUCUUGAGAAUAUUCCAACAAGAAGUCUGCAGAUGGAACCUAUUUUAAAGGGAUAUAAGAGAAAUAUCCAAAUUAAUCUUCAAAAUAUCUUACAAAUAAGGUAUAUAAGAAUAAAUCUCAGUAGUACAUCCAAAACUUCAACCAAAAAUAAUAAAAAGAAGAAUCCAACCAAAAUUGUUUGUUACGUAAGAGAUUCCAAGAGGUUCAUCAUUAUCAAGCAACAAAAAUGUCACAGGAGGAAAAUUCAGCAAAAGAUUUGAAUAUCAAUGAAACCUUGAAAGCAAAGCUAACGCCUCAACAAUUGAUGGAAUGUAAAGAAGCUUUCGACAUGUACGACAGUGAUGAGGAUGGUAUAAUAACCACUACACAGCUUGUGUCAGCUUUAAGAGCUUUGGGUUAUAACACAAGCCAAAUUAUUAUUAAGAAGAUUAAGAAGAAGAAUCUUGAGAGUGAAGAUGGUAUAGGCAAAUUGAAGUUUGAGGACUUUGUUAAGUUUGUCAUUAUGUACAUUCGUUAUGCAUUCACAAAAGAUGACAUGAUAGCAGAUUUAAGACCCAUUGAUGUUAAUAAUGUCGGAAGUAUUACAAAAUUGGAACUUAAAAAUUAUCUAAAGGACUUGACAAUUCCGCUUAGUAACGACGAAAUUGAAGAUGCUGUAAAUGCCACAGAUUUUAAUAAUGACGGAAAGAUAGAUUAUAAUGAAUUUGCCGCUAUGAUGUGUCCUGAUGAUAAAAAUUCGUGAAAUUGAAAUUUUCUCUCGUUCCUUAAAUUCUCAUUUGAUGUUCCUCACUAUCGUUGUCAUAAUCAUAACCAUAGCAAUAAUCAGGUUUAUUUAAACAGUAAAAAAUGUUGUUAUACCAUGACUCCUCAUAUAAUCAGCAGGUAGUCACCUUGAUUGUUACACAUAAAAAAAGGAACAAAAAAGAAAAAAUAAAGACAACACAAAAACAGCAAAACAUAAAGGAAAGCUUUUC